AUCCCCAAAGGCCGCUCGCCGUCGCUCCAUUUCCACCAAAUCUGUGCCCCGUCCCGCCGCCUCCGCGCCGAGCACCUCCGUCCAGAACUCCAGAUCCAGCCAUCCUCGCCUGCUCCCGCUGCAGCGGCACCUCUCUCCAUUCCUUCCCGCAUCGGCGGGCCGGCGGGCGUCCUCUUCCCCCGAGCGGGGAUCGGCGUGGAGGCGGUUUCUUCGUCUUCCGUGUUAUGUCUUUCUCCCCAGUGGCACAGCUGUUCAACUGAAGAGCAGAUUUUUGUAGAGCAAUGGCUGUGGAAAGAGAUGUCUUUGGCAUCUCCGGGCCGACAUACCUGAAAUCUGUUGAUUGGUACUACAUUUGGACAUGUGCAUUGCUACUUGCAAUUGCCAGAAUGAACUUGAACUGCAAGCAUAAUCGGAGAUCUGUGGCUGCAAGCUUAGUUCAGGCUGUAUAUGUGUUGGAGAGAGACAGACAAUUAAAUCGCCAAUCUGUUGAAGCCCUUGCUCCUUCUUGGUGGGAAUUCUUCCAUUUUGAGCUGAUUCGCAAGCUCGUUGAUGAUGCCGAUAUGUCCAUAUUUGGUGCAAUAUUUGAAUUCAAACCUCCUUCAAGUGAAGAAGCUUCUGCUGUGAAUGCUCCAAGAUUUGUCGUUGCUUUCAGAGGCACCAUAACAGAAAGGGAUACCAUCUCUAGGGAUCUUUCCCUUGACCUCCACCUUGUACAAAAUGGUCUCCAUAGGACCUCAAGAUUUACCAUUGCAAUGCAAGCUGUUCAAAAUGUUGCCUCGGUUUUUCCUGGAUCCACAAUUUGGCUAGCAGGGCACUCAUUGGGUGCUGGUAUGGCUAUCCUUACUGGAAGAAACAUGGUUAAGAAGGGUGUGUUUUUGGAGAGCUUUCUCUUCAAUCCACCCUUUGUCGCUGCUCCAAUCGAAAGGAUCAGGGAUGAAAGGGUAAAGCACGGUUUCCGCAUUGCUAGAAGUGUAAUUACUGCUGGAUUAACUAUUGCAAUGAAAGGUAAAACUGAGGGGAACAGUCAGAGAUCUGUUGCUGAAGAAUCUUUCAGCAUUCUGUCAUCAUGGACGCCGUAUCUAUACGUUAACCCAGGAGACCACAUCUGUUCAGAGUACAUCGGGUACUUCCAACACCGGAAGAACAUGGAGGAUCUCGGUGCUGGUUUUAUUGAGAAGCUUGCAACCCAGAAUUCCAUCGGAGAUCUGUUGUUCAAGGCAUUAGGGUGGGAAUCCGAACCACUGCACCUUCUCCCAUCUGCUGACUUGAUCGUCAAUGUGAGCCCUUCACCUGAUUUCAAAUAUGCUCAUGGCAUCAGCCAAUGGUGGCAGCCAGAGCUGAACUUGCAGUGCAGUAAAUAUCGGUACGAAUAGUAUACACUGCUGGAAAAGGAAGAUGUUCUCAGAAACUUAGCUAUGGUCUUCUAUUCUUUCAGUUUAUUCAUGUGGUCCAUUCCAUUUAUAUGAUAAACUAUUUCAGACACUAGACUGCAACCUUGACCUGCGAAAUCUAUUGAUUAUGUACAGUAAUCAGAUUAACUGCAUUCUGUACUGUACUCUGAUGUGCUUACUGGCGUUAACUAGUUCAGCUGUACAAAUCACAUUAUGAUGUGCUGUCUUAUUCAUGUUUUAUCUAUCUAGAGCACGUGAGCUUUAUUUGAAGGCAA